AUGCAACGUCGAAGGGCUGAGUUAACGCACAAUCUCAUCAUCUUUGCAAUGCAGCGCACGAUUGCUUUUGAACAGGGUCUCUCAAAGAUCUGCACUGGUGCUACACUCUUGCCUUCAGAGGCUAAAUCUGGAAAAGAUAAUGAAUCAGGUUUAUUGUCCUCCAAGGGAAGUUUGGAAAAGCAGGUAGAGGAGACUUCGAAAAACCCAUUUGAUGCCGAAGGCGAAGACGAUUCCACUGAUGGUUCUGGAAAAGAUGAACUUUUGCCUCGACAGCAGCAAAGUGGCUCUUUUGACGGAAUUAUCUCUAAGUGA